AUGCAGGUCAGAGCAAUCACCUUGCCUGCUGGUCCCAGGAACAGGGAACGCAGUGGAUUGAUUUAUCCUUUUUCUGGCCAAGUCACAGGUGGGAGUUUAAAGACUCCGACAGCAGCAGAUAACGAGUCUCUUCAGGCCUCCUGGUGGGACAGACAGUCUGCGCUGCCUCUGCGGGGACGAGACAUCCUCCGCCUCAUCGACUGCGGUCUCAAGUACCGUCAGGAUCCCUGGCAUCCUGUCACGUUACCUGUGGACCUGAGUUGCCGCCAUGUGGUGCAGAGACUCGUCCUGGUCUUCACCAACGCUGAGCAGCAGAUCUGGAUCCUGCUCGUCAAAGCUCCGGUGCUCCACCUCCCCACAGCGGCGGCGGUGAAAACGCAUGCGGUGACCUGGGCAGCCAACAUGGUGGUACAGGAAGCCAUGCCGUCAGUAUACUACGACCAGGACGUCAACACGCUGGGAAUCUUCAGCCUGCAGCACAACGGCCGGCAACAUGGGAAGACGGAUGGCGUGUGCCUUAACACGCUGGUGGCACUGGUGCCUGACUACGUCCAACGCAACGAGGACGGAGAGAAGGUGGAGUGGACGGGGACGGGAACGCCUCCGCCUGUAGAAAACCCACGAUAUGUCUGGCACGAAGUCCAGAAACAAACACUGAGAGAGAAACUGCAGGAAAAGACCAAGAAAACCUCCAUCUUACCCAUCCACAGCCUGUACUGACCAAAUUAUAUCACUGAUCAUAUCACUAUCAUUCAACAAGAGGACUCUUAAUGUGAAAGGAGCACACUGAGUGAAAGGAGCUUUUAUUCUGAAAGAAAAUGUCUAAUGUUAUUGUAUUAAGAGUUUAAAUGUGAACGGAGCAAUAAAAUAGUAACAUUUAUGUUUG